GCGCUGCAGCUUGGCCCAGCCCAGCUGUCGAUCCUCCAGGGAGAGCUGGGGCCAGGUGGGCCUCGUUCGAAGUCAGAGGAGGCGAUCCUCGGCACGUUAAUCCUGGACAUCGAGGGCGACGAGCCGGAGGGCAUGGUGGACACGGCGGCCGGGCAGGCGCUGGUGGGCGAGAAGCAGCUGAAGGCAUUGCAAGAGAAGUACUACAAGAAGGGCUGGCGAAUCCCGGUGAGAAAGACCGACGGCAACAGCAGCGCCAAGGGGAUCGGCGGCCGCUCCAGGGUCGUCGGGGAAGCGAUGGUGCCGGUGACCAGUGCGGGGAUCCGGUGCCUCAUCCUCUUCAGAGUGAUCGCGGAGGACGUCCCCCUCCUCCUGCCCGUGCGCUGGAUGGAGAGCCUGGGAGCCGUCGUGAACCUGGCCGAGGACAAGAUCACGCUGCGAUUCGAGGGGCUCGACCGCACCGUCAAGCUCACGAGGCAGAGGUCCGGCCAUCGCACCAUGGCGCUGCUGGACGAGAGCCUCCCGGGGGACUUCGACAUUCCUGAGGGGGCCCGGCGCGACUGGCCGGGCCUCGAGAAUGACACGUUUCGAGUGUACAGGAGAAGCUCCAGUCUGAAGCGAGAGGGGGGCUCGAGGAAGAAUUCAGCACCAGGGACUCCCCGGCCGACAGUCACCUUCUCGGAGCCGAUGGACACCAGCUGGGAGAGGCUGCCGGGGUCCGACCUGGAGUCCGAGGGGAGCGAACAGUCAUCCCCGCCGCUGCAGGACGGCGCGGCAUCGACCCGUCCCACACCUCCGUCGCCGCCCCAGCCGACGUCAAGGCCCCACAUCGGCUUCCAGACGAGCUCCCUGAGGAAGGCCUGGAAGCGGAUGACGGUCAAGCUGAUGAUGCACGUGGCCGACGUGGGACAGGCGACCAAGAUGAUACAGGAGAUGCGCGACGAAGCGACCGGGAAGAUGAACGCUCUGGAGUGCCCUCAUCCACCCUGGGCCCACUGGGAGUCAGGCAACCAGCACAUGCGCUACGUCAAGUGCCUGAGGUGCUCGAGCAUGAUCUGGAGAAGAGACCUCACGCACCGCGAGAAGCAGGCCCAGCAGCUCAAGAAGGUCGAGAGGGAGGCCCGGCGGGCGGCGAGGACCAAGCAGCUGGAGACGCCGCCCUGGGAGCCGCCGAAGGUCGAGGGUCGCAGCAAGGAGGGCGUCAAGAGGGCGGCCAGGACUACUCCAGCGGCGUCGUCCGGUUCGGCCGACGCGACGGUAGAGACGAGCAGCUCCGACCUCAACCAGAUGAUGAAGGCGAUCCAGACCAACAGCGAGGUGGUAUCGCAGCUGGCGCUGGCGAUCCAGCAGCUCGUGCAGAAGGGGACCUGA